AUAUCAUUCUUAUAUGAACCGGUUGUUUAAUUUGUAAAAACCUUCCUGUUAGUGUUGUGGUCAUCAGUUCAGUAGUGAUAUUCACUGCGGCCAGUCUACACGCAUUUAUAUAGGGAAAAACAAUAAUAACUGUCCUGCCAUGUAAUAAGUACAAAACACAUAUCUAUACAAACAUUGAACGUGCUAGUGGGUUAUUACACUUUUUUUUUUCAAUUUGAGUCGUUUGGAUCCGACUGGACAGCCUUGAGGAUUUAAGAUUUUUUUUUAUUUCAUAGUUUUCCUUGUUCACUCAAACAAGUGCGAAGAUGAGGUGGAUUCUGUUGAUAUUUUUAGUGCCAGCAUCGAUAUGCAGUCCAAACGUCGCCAUCUCACCAGAGUUAUUAGUAUCAGUGUUCGGUAACCCCAAUAAUGGGAGUAAUCCGUUAGCGGCGGCACCUGUUCAGGCUAAGCCGAUAUCGCCAGAGGCCAUUGCUUCCGCUGUGGCAGAUUAUUCCGAACUCGUAGAGCCUUCUUAUAUCCCGUCUGUUGCUGAUUACGAUAAAUUUGAUUGGACGCUCACAAAGCGUGUAGCAUUUAGUUCGAAAGAGAACUUCCUACUGUCUCCACUAGGGCUCAAGCUGGCCCUUGCGAUCCUCACAGAAGCGGCGACUGGAACCACGCAAACCGAGCUCUCAUCUGUACUUGGCUUCGACGCGGACAGUAAAGUGGUCAGGAGAAAGUUCGAGAUCAUCUUGGAUUCUUUACGAACAAAAUCGUCACACUAUGUACUGAACUUAGCCAGCAGAAUAUACAUCGGCGCGAAUGUGGUACCGCUGCAGCAUUUUGCAUCCCUUUCCGAGAAAUACUACAAGACUGAGAUUAAAAACUUGGAUUUCACCUAUCCCGUGGGCGCUGCGUAUUACAUCAAUGAAUGGGUCAAUAGCACGACUGGUGGAAAAAUUUCCGAUUUAGUUAACGCAGAUGAUGUAUCGGGGGUGUCCGCUUUAGUAUUAAACACGAUAUUCUUCAAAGGCACCUGGCAACGCCAGUUCAACCCUAACGUCACUAAGCCCGACGUGUUCUACACCACAGCUACUGAAAAGAAAGAAGCUCCCUUCAUGCGUUUACGAGAGAAGUUCUUCUACGCUGAAUCUAGCAAGUUUAAUGCCAAAAUCUUGAGGAUGCCGUAUUUGGGCAACAAAUUCGCCAUGUACGUCAUAAUACCAAACUCUCUGACCGGCCUGCCAGAUAUCUUCAACGAGCUGACAGAACUGCGCAGCGAACUCUACUAUCUUCAGGAGUACCUCGUAGAUGUCACACUGCCGAAGUUCCAGUUUGAAUACACUUCGAUAUUGGACGGAAUCCUUCGCGAGUUGGGUAUUCGGCAAGCGUUUGAGGACACGGCGUCCUUCCCAGGCAUCUCUCGCGGCCAGGGAUUGGAUAACCGGGUGAAGAUUUCCAGGGUUCUGCAGCGAUCCGGCAUAGAGGUCAACGAACUGGGCAGUGUCGCCUAUUCUGCCACAGAGAUCGCCCUCGAGAACAAAUUUGGCGAAGAUUCAAUGCCGAAUGCUGAAGUAAUAGCGAACAGACCCUUCCUCUUCUUCAUACAAGACGAGGCCACUCGACAGCUGCUGUUCACUGGACGAGUGUCCGACCCCGCCAUUAUUGAUGGAGCGUUCAAAUUGCCAUAUUUCAUUAAACCUACUUUUUACAUUGUUUUAGCAAUCGUCGCAUUAUGUAUACAGAGCAUCACAAAUAAUGUGGUUCCUCAAGAGAUAUCGCGUCUCAACUUCUUCGACACAGAUCUCCUUCGAUAUGCGGCGCAAGACAAAAAAGGCAAUAUCAUGGUGUCACCAGCCAGUAUUAAAUCGACUUUGGCGAUGAUUUUGGAAGCAGCCAGUGGUAAUACAGAAGCUGAAAUCAGGAGCGCUUUGAGACUAUCGCCUUAUAAAGAUGAACUGAGGGAACAGCUGAACUUGUAUCUCGCUUCGCUUAAUACAAAUUCACCGGGAGUCAAGUUACAGAACUCGAAUUCAGUAUUCGUCUCCAAAAGACUUAAGCUAAGAAAGGAGUUCGAACAAAUAAUUCGAAACGUCUACUUCGCUGAUGUGUGCCCAGUGGACUUUACCGACAGCUUGACAGCUGCUGAUACUGUCAAUAAGUGGGUCAGCCAACAUACCAAAGGACUUAUACCGAGCAUUGUCGAAUCUACGGACAUCAACCCCAUUUCGGAUGCUUUGAUCUCAAACGCUCUUUACUUCAAAGGUCAUUGGAGGCAUGCUUUUAAUCCUAGGUACACGAGGCCUGGUUGCUUCCAUGUCGACAAUACCUGUCAAAAUGCGGUCAUGAUGGAAUUGCAUGAGGAUAUGAACUACGGUUUUGUGGACAACCUGAGGGCACAUGCUAUUGAAUUACCGUAUGAGGGUGGACGUUACUCAAUGGUUCUGUUAGUUCCACUAGACAGAGGAGACUUAAACACCUUAAUCCGAGACCUACCUUACAUGAGUCUCCCACAAAUAUCCGAACUAAUGGAAUCGACCAAUGUUCGUCUUUUCAUGCCUAAAUUCACGGUUGACUACAGUGACAGUGUGGUUGGACCUUUGCGCAAUAUGGGGAUCAGCACAUUAUUCACGAAGAACGCCACUCUUCCUGGCAUGUUCGAGAGUGGAGCUCCCCAAGUGAAUGACAUUCUCCACAAAGUAUACAUGUCUGUGGAUGAAACAGGGACGGUUGCAGCUGCAGCGACCUCCGCUAUGGUUAUACCUCUGAUAGAAGACGGAGUUCAACUUAAAGUGGACAGACCUUUUCUGUUCUUCAUCAGAGAUAAUGAGUUAGGGGUAAUACUCUUUGAGGGAAAGAUUGAAGAGCCCUUGGUUAUUGUAGAAGAUAAGGUUUUAGCUGAUCCACCAAGAAAGUUCAGCCAACCGAUACACCCUCAAACUCAGCGGUAUUGGUAUAGCUAAUUAUUGUCAAUGUAUAUUUUGUUAGAACAGAUGAACAUUAUCUAUUUAAUAAACUGAAGGAUGAAAACCAUUUUGUAGAUUGUGUUUUUAUAGUUAUUUUUCAAUUUCUUUGUAAAUCUAUUCACUUUUAACGAGUUACCAGAAAUAUAUAGGUAUUUAGAUGAGGUAUUAUUCUGGCUUAUUGUGGACUGCCAUUGACGAUUUUUUUUUCGUUCCGUUUAAGUUCUUUUUUUUUUGUUUUACUUUUUAAAAAGUGCAGAACAAGCUCUUGACUUUUGAAUGGUUUAUUUACUGCCAUUUUUACGUGAAAUAAAGAUUGUGUUUGUUAUACCUA